AAUUUUUCUUAGAUAUCCGUUCUCCUUCACUUUCUCGGACUUUGUACAUAAUUGAUGUGUCCCAAUCGGUAGAACAUAGUCAUCCACACGCUCUUGAAUUUUUAAGAAAAGAUAUUUCAAAUGUUACAGAAUAUUUUAAGAAGAAAGGCGUGAAAACCAUGAGUAUAAGAGAAUUAUUUGAUUUUAUCAUUGAUGUUAAUAUUGGAUUAGAUGAGGAGCAGGUUGAAGCUGAACUUGAUAAGAUCCAAGAAGGAUUAACUUCUCAACAAGAAACCUCGACAUCAUUAAAUGAUGACCCUGAUAAAAUAUCUAAAGAUUUGGUCGAUGAAGAA